CUUCAAAUGUAUGUUGCAAUAGAAAAGCUGUCACCUUGAACAGGUGCGACAGGAGUGACCAUAUGCCUGUCCUCAUUUCUAUUGGUGUCGCCGGUUCAGGCACUAGAGACUAGACAGGAGUUGCUACACCUUCAGAUUGAGACAUCCUCAUUUGCAAACCUCAGCUGUGUCUGGGGGCAGGGCACAGUGGAGCUGCCAGGAGUAGAAAGAAAGGCUUCUAAGUAAUAGCCCUGCAACAGUCAUGAGGAAAACAGGAGCAGAUCGAUCUAGGAUGUGACGGGCUCCAGGAAGCACCAAAGGAAAUUGAAGACCAAAGCUGAUGUUUCCUUGUCGUGGUAAAUUGCACAUGGUUUGGCACUGAAAUUACAUCUGAGAACAGCAGGUAGGUGUCAAGAUUUACCCCUCAAGGACCAGAAAAAUGCACUGUACCAUCCAAAAGGCAGAAGUAAUUGAUGGGGCUCAUUUGAUGCAAAUCCUCUGGCAUGAUGGUGUGGAGUCUCUAUACCCCUCCGUUUGGUUGAGAGACAAUUGUCAGUGCUCAGACUGCUACCUACAUUCUGCAAAAGCACGGAAACUUCUCGUUGAAGCUCUGGAUGUGAACAUUGGUAUUAAAGACUUGACCUUUGACCGAAAUAAGGUUCAUAUCACAUGGCCAAAUGGACAUUACAGUGAAUUUGACGCUGACUGGUUGAAGAAAAGAUGUUUUUCACAAAAGGCCAGAGAAAAACUUCAAAAAGAACUGUUUUUGCCAGAAUGUCAAUAUUGGGGCUCAGAGCUCCAGCUACCUACAUUGGAUUUUGAAGAUGUUUUAAAACAUGAUGAACAUGCAUACAAGUGGCUCUUUAACCUCAAGAAAGUGGGCAUAGUGAGACUCACAGGAGCAUCUGAUAAACGAGGAGAAAUUUUAAAACUUGGAAAAAGAAUUGGUUUUCUUUAUCUCACAUUUUAUGGACACACUUGGCAUGUACAAGACAAAAUUGAUGCAAACAAUGUGGCUUACACAACUGGGAAGCUAAGCUUUCACACUGAUUAUCCAGCUCUCCAUCAUCCACCUGGGGUUCAACUUCUUCAUUGCAUAAAACAGACAGUCACUGGUGGUGAUACAGAAAUCGUAGAUGGAUUUAACAUAUGCCGAAAGCUCAAGGAAAGAAACCCUCGGGCAUUUCAGAUUUUAUCUUCUACCUUUGUGGAUUUUACAGACAUUGGAGUGGAUUAUUGUGAUUUCUCUGUACAAUCCAAACACAAAAUUAUAGAAUUAGAUGAUAAAGGCCAAGUGAUUCGCAUCAAUUUCAAUAACGCAACUAGAGACACAAUAUUUGAUGCACCCAUUGAAAAAGUUCAACCUUUCUAUGCUGCUUUGAAGGAGUUUGUUGACCUUAUGAACUGCAAAGACUUCAAAUUUACUUUCAAGAUGAAUCCAGGUGAUGUGAUUAUUUUUGAUAACUGGCGCUUGCUUCAUGGCCGACGCAGUUAUGAAGCAGGAACUGAGAUAACCCGCCACUUAGAAGGAGCAUAUGCCGAUUGGGAUGUGGUCAUGUCAAGGCUUCGCAUCUUAAAGCAAAGUGUGGAGAACAGAAACUAAAUCUCCUAUGAUUUUCUUCAAUAAAUGUGUUUUGGGAGUUAUGGUCAGGUUAUUUGUCUCCACAGACCAUAAAUUAUGCCAUUUAUAUUUUUAUUUCUUUAACAUUGUUUGCAUCACCUUUCUCACAAGUUUUUAUUGUAAUUACAUACAAUGGCAACUUUUAAGAUGUUGUUAUAGUCUUUUACUCUUGCCAAAAUAAAGCAUCUUUCCUUCUCUGUU